UGUGUUUUGUCUGUGUGUGUGUUGAAAUACGGAAAUCUGUGGGAAAAAAGUGCAUGAGUGGGAUGGAUCGUCUGUUAUAGCUUUAGUAUCAUUGUUUUAAAUACAUUGUUUUAAAUGCAUUGUUUUAUUACCAGUCAUAAUGCUGUAUUCUAUAUUCUGCUGUAAUGGUAUAUGCUCUUAAGUCAUAAUUUAGAAAUACGAGCAUGGAUGGAAACGAAGGGGUGUCAGUUUGGAAAAACUGUGUUUUUGGAGAAAGGUGUUUCAUCAUAGUCUCCAGUAUAGUGAUUUUAAUUUCUGUUUUAUUUAUUGUUUUAUUCGAUUGUAUGAGCGGAGUAUCAAUAUGUAUCUGCUAUAUUGCUGGUUGUUUUGGAGCACAUAUUUUGCUGAGGAAAGGGGACCCAUUACCUAAUGUGAUAAUGACUUUUAAACGACCAAAAAAUGAAAAUCUGAAUUCUAAACUUCGGACGGUGUGUUCUAGAUGCGGUGUCAUUGAAUGUAAGAGACACCGUCCAGAGUUAAAUGUAUAUACAUCUAAACCAUGGAUGAACUUGAAAGUGCCAAAGGAAGUUGACCAAGCUUUUGAAGAAAUAUUGAAUCUUGUGAUUGAAAAGCAUAUUUAUUCUUGGUAUAGUUCUUUAAGUAAAGAUGAAGAUUUUGUUCAAGAAAUUCGGACUUCAUUAAGGUUCCUUUUCUCUAGUCUUUUAAGAAGAGCUUUACAAGUAGAUAUUGUGCAACUCAUAACUGACAAAGCAGCUAAUGCAUUAUUGAAACACCUAGAUUGCUAUCUUCAAGCUAUGAAACUAGAAAAAGCUUCAACUAAUAUGGAAGAGAAAGUAUUGUGUUUUUUAGGCGAUAAGCUGCAUCCUGCAAUGCGAAGUCGUCAAGCAGAACUCGGUUAUUUAAGGCAGCUGACAUCAAAUCUCUUACCUUUUAUUGUGCAACAAAAAUAUCUGAAUUGCAGAACUGCGACAUCAUUGGUUCGAGAAAUUUUCUCUGGUAUUGUUUUCCUACCUGUGAUGGAUAUUAUUGCAGAUCCAGAUGUCAUUAAUCAUUUACUUAUUCUGUUUUUUGAUAAAACACCAAUGGCAAAUCUACCUGAUAGUACUGAGCCAAAGGUGGAAUUUUUAUCCAACUUCAUUUCUUCGCAUUCAGUCAACAGGAGACCAGUCUUAUAUACAGAUCUGCAAACGAUUUUAGAAGAUCAACGCUUGUUGUAUGUGUUCAUGCAGUUUUUAAAAGAAGAAUCAGCAUUAAAUGUUCUUCAGUUUCAUUUGAGUGUUGAUGAAUUUAAUACAAGAAUUUUAAAUCCUGAUUUGACCAAGGAAGAAUUAGAAGCAUUACAUUUACAAGCUCAGCAAAUGUAUAAUACCUAUUUUGCCUCUCAUGCUCUGGAUAGGAUAAAUUUUGAUGAUGAUAUAGUUCAAGAAAUUAAGAGCAUUAUUGCUGGUCCCCCAGAAAAUGUGAUCAAACUGAGAACAACAACCCCAUUAUUUAGAGCCUAUGAUCAUGCAUACAAAUUACUUGAAAAUACCUAUUGCCCUAUGUUUUUGCAGAGUGAUAGAUAUUUUAGUUUAUUGUGUGGAGAAAGAUGUGGCAAUUCAAAUGCAAGGGGACUAGGAAAAGGUGGGAGAAAAGAAAAUGCUGGUGUUUCAACCAUGUCAAAACUUGGAAACAAGUUGAAAGGGGUAUUUACAGCUCAUGUAGAUGAUGGGCAAAUCUGUGAAGAAGAACCUGGUGUUGACCUUGCGGAAGCUAUGUUUCCAGAUGGUUCUUCAAAUUUGGAUGGAACAGCAGAUGUUUAUACAAUGGAAGAUGAUCCAAGGUUAAAGAAAUUGAGUGCCUGGCGGGUUUUUAUUCCACAAGUAAUGAUGAGAAUGGACCAGAAUUGUAAAUAUUAUCAUACAUUUCGCAUAGAAGUCCAAAGGAUUGAUGUGAGAGAUGAUGAUAAUCCUGAUGAUUUACAUUGGACUGUAGAAAGGCGAUACACAGAAUUUUAUGUCUUGGAAGCUAAACUUACUGAAUUUCACGGAGAACUAUCUGUGCAACUGCCACCAAAGCGUUCUCAGCAAAAUAAAGGUUUAGCUUUUCUUGAAAGCAAAAGACCAGAAUUUGAACGUUAUUUGCAGACAUUACUGACUUUGCCUGCUUUGCAAGGAAGUGAAUUGCUGUUUCAGUUUUUGAAAUCUCCUACCCCAUUUACUACAAGUUUUUUACCAGAUAUUAAAAUUGGCAAGAUGAUAAAAACUGUUCCUAUGAAGCUAAUGAAAGAGAAAGGGCAGCAUUUACUUCCUUUCUUACAAGCAUUUGUAGCAUCCACAGAAGCUGCAAAACCAAAGCCUAGCAAAGAAGUAUGGAGAGAGAUGAAUGAAUCUACAUCUUCUAGUGCCGAUGAGAAGUUGAUCUCAGGAUUGUAUAAGAAUAAUUUUGCUUCCUUAAAUUUCCAAAGAGGCACAUUUUCUGGACCUUCUAUUCACUCUGUUAUUGAUUUAAAAGAAAUUUAUGAUUAUAUAGUAUAUAUAGCUGUUGAAGUUGUUCAUGUUCCUGAUUAUGUUAUUCAACUAUUUGCUACCUGUGAUAUAUUAAUAAGGCAAACUCUUCAGGCUGGUGUUGAAUGGUAUUUAGAUGUCAAACUACAGCAGGCAUUCAAGCCUCAAAGAUUGGCAGAACUGCUUAAUUUAUUACGUGAUGCUCUCUUUUUUGAAGAUGAUCCACCUCGAUCUAGAAGACAAAAAGCAGAACGAGCCAGACAAGCAUUGAAACAAACCAAAGAUUUUUUUCCUAGUUUCAUGAUCACAAAGAAAUUUGAUGAAAGUAUAAACUUGUUGUUUGAUAUAUUACAGCAUCCAUUACUUAAUAAACAAAUCUCCUAUGUACUUUUAGACAUCUUGGCUGUUGAACUGUUUCCUGAACUCUUGGAAAUGCACAGAACUGAUUCUGUAGCAUCUGCUAUGGAUUGACUGGACUAUAAUAUUUUAUAAAGUGUUGUACUGAAACAACAUUCCAACUGAAUAUAUGCUAGUCUUUUCCAUAUAUGGUUUAUAAAUGUACAUUCUCAAUUGUAAAUUAGUACAAAUGGAAUCUUAUUUAUAGCAACUGUUGCUGUCAAAUAAAUUGUUCUUUAUCUUCCA